AUGAAUAGUGAAUACGAUUACUUGUUCAAGUUGCUACUUAUCGGAGACUCAGGUGUUGGUAAAUCCUGUUUGUUACUACGUUUUGCUGACGACACUUACACCCAAGACUACAUUUCCACAAUUGGUGUUGACUUCAAAAUCAGAACCAUAGAACUCGACGGCAAGACCAUCAAGCUCCAAAUCUGGGACACCGCCGGUCAAGAGAGAUUCAGAACCAUCACCUCCUCCUACUACAGAGGCGCCCAUGGUAUUAUUAUCGUCUACGACGUUACUGACCAAGAAUCCUUCAAUAACGUCAAGCAAUGGUUGCAAGAAAUCGACCGUUAUGCCACCGGUGGUGUGAUGAAGCUCUUGGUGGGUAACAAGUCCGAUUUAACUGACAAAAAAGUUAUUGAUUAUAACGCUGCAAAGGAAUACGCUGACGCUUUAGACAUUCCCUUUUUAGAAACCUCUGCGUUGAACUCAACCAACGUAGAACAAGCUUUCUUCACCAUGGCAAGACAAAUCAAAGCCCAAAUGGCCAACAACAACUCAAAUAAUAACAAUUCAACUAAACAAACCAUUAACCCAGGUCAAUCUAUCUCAAAUAAUAACAACGGCUCUUGCUGUUAA